UUUAUUGGGUGAGCCACUGGAUUACCUUGCUUAUUUUCAUCAGGUGCUAACGCAAGUAACUUUUCGCAAAGGACUUGUCAAGACUUAUCAUUUCAUUUUUCUCGAUUCAAGAAAUUUUAUGCCCAUGAAUCACAUAAUGAAUUGGCGAAUCUUUUUUGUCAUGGUAAACGUUUUCAUUUUCUGCCAUUCAAGAACCUUGACUUCAAAAGAAGAAAUGCCUUUAUCUGGUUUACUUAGCGAUUUCAAAAAUGAAGGAGAUAACAUAAUUGAAAAAAGAAUAACAAAGGACAACUGUUGUCGUCGUCCUGGUUAUGUAUACUAUUCAAAAAUUCUGGGUGAGCCGAAAUGUGUACGAAGAUUAAAGAGCGUGCGGAAGAAUUUGCGUUUACGUAAAUAUAGAAUGUAUUUAAAGUCAAAUAUAUUUCUGCUUGGUGGAAACUUGAUAUUAUAUAAAGGUAUUCUCAUGGCGACAAUUUGUCCUCCAGCUUCAUGUUAUGAUGUUAAAUAGCUAUGUCAAAAAAUUUUUUAUAGUUUUCAUAAUAUGUAUACCCCAUUCUUGUACUUAAUGCUUUAUAUGAUUUUUAAUGUUGUUAUGACCAGUUUCUGUAGUAGACGGUGUUAUAACAUUUAAUAAUCAUUUUACUCACCAUUAAUUGCACAAGACGAAGAAAAAUAAACCAUUCUUGACUAUGCUUGCUCAAAUACAUAAA